AUGCCCGCGGAACCCAUCAUCCUUUCGUCGAGAAGAGCGAUCCUUCUCGUUUCACUCAGCCGUUACGAAAGCUUCGUUCGCGAUUUUCAACAAGACCGUGAUCUUGUUGAAGUAGAAGCCAGAAUAUCCAAGUUCGAAAGGUUAUGUGAAGAUCUUGAAAAGCUGCAGCAGGAGCUUGAAGACGGAGCUACAACCGAAGAGGAGGUCAAGCAAAAUGAAGCUCUUCGCGCCGAUUUCGAGCCUCGUUUGAUACGGGUGGAAGCAGAACUGAAGGCAAAAAGACCCUCACAAGGCUCGUCAUUUAAUGCCACCGGUAAUUCCUUGGCUGGUAUUAAACUUCCGACCAUAUCACUGCCUCAGUUUCAUGGGGAUUACAUGGAAUGGCUUACGUUUCGGGACACGUUCGAGUGUCUGAUUCACGACAACCGUGAUCUUCCCGCCAUCCAAAAGUUUCAUUACUUGCGCGCAGCGAUUAAGGGUGAAGCAGCACAAGUGAUAGAAGCGAUCACUAUUAGCGCGGCAAAUUACGAGAUAGCGUGGCAGGCAUUAACGGCGCGCUACUCCAACGAAUAUUUAUUGAAAAAACGUCACUUGCAAGCACUGUUCACUAUGACGCCCGCGAAAAGGGAAACCGCGACCGCACUGCACCUCUUAGUGGACGAGUUCGAACGGCACAAGAAAACCCUUGACCAUCUUGGGGAAAGGACGGAUACAUGGGGUGUUUUGCUGGAACACUUGUUGUGCACCAAGUUGCCAACAAGCACACUGAGGGACUGGGAGGAGCACGCAUCAAACGAAGAAAGCCCGACGUAUGCUAGCCUGAUUGUUUUCUUGCAGCGCCGUAUGCGAGUGCUUGAAACGCUAUCGGUGAACAAGGAGCAGGAUGAUCACUCUGCCGGAACAUUCUCCACUGCCAUGCCAGCUGCGAGCAUUGGACCAGCCACUAACGAUCACACGGCAAAUCUUCAGCGAACUUUCGCAGCAGCAAUGGAGCGAGCACCAACGCAGGUUUUGCUCCAAACUGCCAUCAUCAAUAUAGUUGAUUCUUUCGGAUUAGUUCAUCCAGCUCGAGCACUUUUGGACAGUGCCUCGCAGCCUGAUAUGAUAAGCAGUCAGCUCGCUCAUCGACUGAGGCUAAAAAGAAAGAAGGUUAAUGUUAUGCUGCAGGGUGCAGGCCAAUCUACCCGUCCGCUGAAAGAAUCCGUUCACGCGAAGAUUGCCUCACGAACGAAACAGUUUGAAGUGGGUGUCGAAUUUUUGAUUGUCGACAAGUUGAUGGCUAAUCUGCCGCUGCGGGACGUUAACACGACGAGCUGGAACAUCCCGUCCGAGUUGAUCCUAGCCGAUCCAGAGUUCUACAAAUCUUCGGCAAUCGACAUUAUUCUUGGCGCUCGACAUUAUGCUGCUUUCUUCGAAGGUAGCGCCCAGCUCAAACUAGCACCUACCCUUCCAACUCUGCAGGAAAGCGUAUUCGGAUGGGUCGUCACUGGUUCGAUUGGAUCGCCAGAGCCUUCGGAAGGCACUUCUAAUGUUGCUCACACGACAGCUGUAAUUUGUAUGACAACUCUAGAAGAAUCCAUCGAGCGGUUUUGGAAAUCAGAAGAGUUAUGGUUCAACGAUGGCUACUCACCCGAAGAACGCCAAUGUGAGGCUAUUUACCGAAACACAACCCAGCGGGAUCCAUCGGGUCGAUACAUAGUUCGUCUUCCGAAGCAACCAGAUUUCUUUGACAAACUUGGACUGUCAAGGGAUAUGGCUUUGAACCGCUUCAUACUUCUCGAAAGAAGACUCCAACGUGAUCCAGACCUAAAAGAAGAAUACCACAAGUUCAUGAAAGAGUACUUGGAACUGGGGCACAUGACUCCCACGUCUCCAGCAGACAAUGAUCACGGGUAUUACUUACCGCACCAUCCCGUUUUGAAAGAAUCUAGUACAACGACAAAGCUCCGGGUCGUUUUCGACGGAUCAGCGAAGACAUCUACUGGAUAUUCGCUAAACGAUGCAUUGCGUGUCGGUCCAGUAGUGCAAGACCAGUUGCUGGAUAUAAUUCUUCGUUUUCGCACCUACAAAGUAGCGCUCGUUGGUGACAUCGCGAAAAUGUACAGGCAGAUAGAAGUCCAUCCUGAUGACCGUCGGUUUCAACGCGUGUUGUUUCGAUUCUCACCGGAUGCUUCAGUGGAGACUUACGAGCUGAAUACGGUGACCUACGGGCUUGCUCCAUCUUCUUUUUUGGCUACGCGUACGUUGCUGCAGUUGGCCGAGGAUGAAGGCACGAACUUUCAGCAUGCUGCACAAGCUUUGGUUCAAAAUUUCUACGUGGACGACUUCAUCGGUGGUGCUGAUUCAGAGGAGCAAGCAAAGCAGCUACGAGAGGAGCUCGAUGAAUUGUUAAAAAAGGGUGGAUUCUCUCUGCGAAAAUGGACCUCUAGUAAGUUGGCCGUGCUCUCUGGUUUGACGGAGGAUCAGAUCGGAACGCAGUCAACGCUUCAAUUUAUGCCCGACGAGAAGAUAAAGGCACUCGGUAUCGCUUGGGAGCCCGAAGCUGACGUUUUAUCCUUCGAGUCGCGGAUCGACGCCGACACUAGCUACCCCACAAUGCGGUUAAUAUUCUCUGGCAUCUCCCGAAUGUUCGAUCCGAUAGGAUUGAUAUCGCCGAUCAUCAUUCGCGCUAAGUUGCUGAUGCAGGAAUUGUGGGUGCAGAAGCCUGGCUGGGAUAAUCCUGUUUCUGACAGCAUCUAUAAAAAGUGGACAUCCAUUAAAUCCGACUGGCCAAUUAUUUCCGGUUAUAAAAGUGAUCGCUACGCUCUCUUACCUGAUUCUCGCGUUCAGUUACAUACGUUUUGUGAUGCCUCUGAAGCCGCGUUCGGUGCAUGUAUUUACUCGCGUUGUGAAAACAAACAAGGACACGUACGAAUCUCGCUAUUAGCAUCGAAGUCACGUUUAGCACCACUAAAACGGGUUACAUUACCGCGAUUAGAACUUAAUGCAGCCGUUACAGGAGCGCAUUUAUACGAUCGUGUGAAGCAGGCGAUGGGACUCGAAUCAGCGGAGUCAUAUUUUUGGUCCGACUCGACAGUUACGCUGCAUUGGCUGAGUUCACCGCCCAACAAUUGGAAAACGUAUGUAGGCAAUCGCGUCGCGGAGGUACAAGCCUACUCACAUCUCCAUCCCUGGAAACACAUUGCGGGAUGUUCGAAUCCUGCUGACUUGGUAUCACGAGGCGUGACCGCAGCAGAUUUCGUGAAAAGUGCACUGUGGAGCAGCGGUCCAGAGUGGUUAAUUCGUCCAGCGUCUGAAUGGCCAAAUUCAACACCAACGGUUGUGGAUGGUGCCGAGCUAGAGAUUCGUCAAGUGAGUGCAGCGGUUGCCGUCAUCGAGACAGUGCAUCCUUGGUUCGAGCGGUACUCAUCAUACACCAAGCUUCUACGCGUCAUUGGGUAUUGCCUUAGAUUCGUGCGCAAUGCUAAGGAGAAGUGCCGUACUCGCCGCGAUCCAUUGGAGCCCCCAGCGUCAUCAACUAUCACUCCGGACCUCAUGGAAGCUGCUAAAACUGUGCUAUGCAAGCUGGCACAGCAAGACGCAUUUCCAACGGAGCUCGAGCGGUUGAGGAAGCGUGAGGUGGUUCCAAAGCGCUCACCACUUAGACGUCUGAGCCCGUUCAUCGACAGCGAAGGAGUUAUGAGAGUAGGAGGGCGCCUCAAGCUCUCACAACUGCCUUAUCAAUCGAAACAUCCAAUUCUUCUGCCCAAGAAGCACAUCUUCGCACGCCGCAUCGCAGAGCACCUUCAUAGAGAACUCAUACAUGGUGGCGGAAGAUUGCUGCUUUCCCAGAUUCGCGAAGAAUUUUGGCCACUCGACGGACGACAUCUGGUGAAAAGCGUCGUUAGGCACUGCUUACGAUGCAUUCGCCAACAGCCCAUACUUGCGCAGCAACAAAUCGGGCAGUUACCAUCAUCGCGGAUCACACCGAAUCGACCGUUCGCGACCAUCGGAGUGGACUAUGCUGGGCCGAUCUACCUACGACCGAUCCACAAACGAGCAGAGCCCGCCAAAGCAUACCUCUGCGUAUUUGUUUGCUUUGCUACGAAGGCUGUUCACCUGGAACUAGUGGGUGAUUUGACCACUGCUGGUUUCCUAGCAUCACUUCGACGGUUUGCAUCGCGCCGAGGACGUCCGUCCCAUAUCUACUCGGACAACGGUAAAAACUUCGAAGGCGCAGCCCGGGAGCUUAGUGAGCUAUUCGAGAUGCUCCAUGAUCAGGAGCAAAGCAACAUCAUCGUUUCGACUUGUGCUGAUAUGGGCAUCACUUGGCACUUCAGUCCACCAAGGGCUCCACACUUUGGCGGAUUGUGGGAAGCUGCAGUGAAGACCGCCAAAAGACACCUGUUUCGCCAGCUGGGCAGCACGAGACUGCCUUAUGAAGGAUACAUCACUGUGCUGCACCAAAUAGAGGCAGCAAUGAAUUCGCGUCCGCUGUUACCUAUGUCGGACGACCCCAACGAUUUAGCCGCUUUAACACCUGCACAUUUUCUUAUAGGCACAUCCAUGAACGCCAUCCCCGAGCCGGACUAUUCAAACCGAAAGACGUACACCCUGAGCGAGUGGCAGAAGUGGCAACUGCUCGUCCAGCGCUUCUGGAAACAUUGGGCCAGCGAGUAUCUACAAGAGAUGCAAAGGGAUACGAUGAAGACCUGCAGCAAUUCAGAUUUUUCACCUGGCAGACUGGCAAUCCUGAUGGACGAGGCUCUUCCUACAACACAAUGGCCACUCGCGCGGAUAGUUGAGACACACCCCGGCACGGAUAGUUUGACACGUGUGGUAACAUUAAGAACUGCAAAGGGAAUUUCGGUUAGGCCAAUCGCUAAAAUUUGCUUGCUACCGGAGGCAACAAACUGA